AGGCCUAGUACAUAUUUCACAAUGGUCGAGCUAACACUUUAUGGCGUGGACGGUAGCCCACCUGUUCGUGCCGUUAAACUGACUCUAGCGGCUCUCAAUUUGCCGUAUAAGUAUGUUCAGGUGAAUAUAUUAGGACGGGAACAGUUAUCUCCGGCUUUUUUGGAGAAGAAUCCCCAGCAUACGGUUCCUACCCUGGAGGAUGGCGGUAAUUUCAUCUGGGAUUCACAUGCAAUUCUUGCCUAUUUGGUCACCAAAUAUGCCUCCAGUGAUGACUUGUAUCCCAAGGAUCCGCUUAAACGAGCCGUAGUUGAUCAGCGUUUGCAUUUUGAGUCUGGCGUGGUAUUUGCCGCAGCACUGAGAAGUAUCACCAAAUUGGUGCGAGCUUCGAUUGCCGUGCCCCAAGAGCGGUUUGAUGCCAUUGUGGAAGCCUAUGACUUUGUCGAAAAGUUUCUUCAAGAUCAUGAAUAUAUAGCCGGCAAAAGUCUUACCAUAGCGGACUUCAGUCUGAUUUCAUCAAUAUCCUCUUUGGUGGUCUAUGUAGAUAUCGAUCAGAGCAAAUAUGCUAAGCUGAGCACUUGGAUGAAGAAACUGCAGCAAUUGCCAUACUACGAGGAAGCAAAUGGAAAAGGCGCCAAAAUCUACAUCGAUUCGAUCAGAGCAACCAAAUUCACAUUGGCCUCAUAGGCGAAUUUCACAACAUCUUAUCUAAUAAAUUCAGAAUAAGAUUCGUUUCAGUCGGUUCAACAA